GAUGUUAGCCUAGAUAAAUCAUAGCUAGCUUAGCUUUGUUGGGCUCACUCGCGCUAUUUUUUAAUGCUGUUUUAUUUUCUGGAUUUACAUGAUUGUAGUAUUAACUUUCAACAUUUAUGCAACAUAUGCUUCCAAUUUAUUAAUGCUUUAUGACUGGUUGUUUUAAAGAUAUAAACUUAAAGUCGGAUAGCUAUCGCUAGCUAAAUAACGUUUUUUUUUUUUUUUUUCUGCUAGCAGGUUAAUUAUGUUUUGCAGAGAACUGCUGUAUUUCGUUAUCAGUUUGUAAGCAUGUGAAGGAAUCAGAUGUUUUACACUGCACUCCUGAAUUCCUGGUUUGUUUUUGUUUAUUUGACCAAUCAAAUAAAAAAAAUUUGAUUAAUGACAUGUCGGCGCAAAAGGACUGUGAGUUUUUGGUUAAAAGAGCCCGAGAGUUGGUUUCUGAUGAUCCCUGCGCCGCCAAAGCCUGGCUAAUAACAGCCAGAACCCUUUACCCAACAGAUUUCAACAUACAGUAUGAAAUGUACAUCAUUGAACGCAAUGCAGAGAGGACAGCUUCGGCUGGGAGACUGCUGUAUGACAUGUUCAUAAACUUUCCAGAUCAGCCGAUUGUGUGGCGUGAGAUCAGUGUCAUCACAGCUGCCCUCCGCAGUGACUCCCAGGACAAACAUGCACAGUUUCUAAGAGCUCUCUUUGAGACGCUGCCUGGCCGUGUCCAGUGUGAGAUGCUGCUGAAAGCCACAGAGCAGUGUUUCAAUACCUUGGAGAAGGCAGAGAUGCUGCUGCUCCUGCUGAAGCGUUUUCCAGAGUCUGUUGUCCAGCAUGGGGUUAAUUUAGGAGAAACCUUGCUGGAGGCCGAGAUAUCAGAAAAUGUGGACUCUCCUGUCAACUGCUUCAGAAAACUUUUUGUGUGUGACGUCCUUCCUUUGGUCAUAAACAACAUGGACAUGCGCCUGCCUGCAAGCCUCAUGCAGAAAUAUAUACUGAAAGCAGCUGAAUUCUACAUCGGCUAUGUUACCCGUGGACCUUCAGCUGAUGUGCAGAUACAAAGUAGCCAAGAUGGUGUGACUCUAAAGUCACCUGGAGUGUCUCGUGGCUCCCAGCGAUUUGUGAUUGAUGGCCUGUCGGAAAAAUCAUCAGUAGUAGCAGAACCUUGGGAGAGGCUGCUCGACAUCCUCACUGUCAUCGGUGCUCGCUGCGAGUGGCAGGGAGACAAAGGACAGAGGAGUUACAUUGACAUGCUGCAAAGAGUAAAAGAGCUGUGUCGCUAUCUGCCUGGUCUUGAGGGGGAAACCCGGUCCCGCUACUGCAGUCAGGUGGUCACUUGUGCUGCACUCGUCCUCUUCCGCAGUGCCUUCCUCUACGUCUCAGCUGUUCAGCCGUCACUGUUCCAGGGUGUCGGUGCAAUGACUUCAGGGCCUUGGAUCCUGGUGGAGGAUUUGAGUUCGGUUUACAAUGAUGUGGAGAUGGACAGAGCAGUGUUGAAGCAUGCGCAUAAGAAACGCAAACUGGCUGACGGGAGAGAGAAAACAAUGAGCUCCGAUGAUGAAGAAGGUUUGGGGAAAGGCCGCGGCCGUCAUAUUCUGGUCAACAAGACGGAGAUGCCCAACUGGUUAGAGACAUUGGAGAGCUUCCGGACAGCGAGGGAAAGUUGGGACCUCCUGCACUCUCAUGAUUGUCUGGAAACUGAGUUCAAGAAGAUCUGUGCUGCAUGGAAGACCGAAAGCUGGCUCUGGUUUAGAAUUUUUCUCACUGACAUGAUUAUAUACCAGGGCCACUAUCGUAAGGCUCUCUCCAGCCUGCAUCAGAUGGCUGCCAUGCAGCAGCCUCAGCCUGCACAGCAGAGCCCCACAGGCCAGGCCAGUCUGGAGCACCACAGGGCCCUCAUACAGCAGGCAUCCUGCCACUACGCACUGGGAGAGUACAGGAUGGCCUGUGAGAAGCUUCUAGACGUGGUGAGCGGACUGGUUCCCCCAAACCAAGAACUGACCAAAGCAACAGAAGAUCAGAGCAGAAUCAAAUCCAAGACCAGGAAAGGUAACGACCUGAGGUUGCUUCCUUGCACAUCUAGAGCUGUGUUACCUUUCUGUCUCCAGCUGAUGCUUGCUUGCUUUAAGCUCAGAGCAUUCACGGACAGCCGUGACGACCUGUCUCUGGGCCAUGUGGUGGUGCUGCUGCAGCAUGACUGGCCGCAGGGAGAGAUGCUGUUUUUAAAGGCCGUAGAUAAAAUCUGUCAGCAAGGCAGUUUCCAGUAUGAGAACUUCUUCAACUAUGUCACCAACAUCGACAUGCUGGAGGAGUUUGCAUACUUACGGACUCCAGAAGGAGGGAGAAUUCAGCUGGAGCUGCUUCCUAAUCAGGGAAUGCUGAUUAAGAACCCUAGCCCCGCCCUGGGGGUGGAGCUAAAUACCCUUCUGCUCCAAGGGGUGCAGACAAUGGACAGACACCACACUGUGACCCGAGGGAUUACCAAAGGAGUGAAGGAGGAUUUUCGCCUGGCCAUGGAGAGGCAGGUGUCACGUUGUGGAGAAAAUCUGUUCAGUGUGCUUCACCGUUUCUGCAUUAAUGAAAAAAUAAUCAUUAUCCAGUCCCUUCCUUAACACCUGACCUGAAUGUUUUCAUUUGUACAAAUUUAGUGCAGUUGGAAUUAUUUUUUUAACUCAAAAAGCUGAACAUCUCUCUUCUCACAGUCAGUUUGGGAUAACACCGUCUGUUCUUCUGUCAUUGUCAUAGAACUGUAACCUUGUCAUAUUUGUGUAGGUGUUAAUGUUGAUUAAGGACUCAAGUGCUUUUUGAUACUCUUUAUUGUUUUGCUACAGUCUUGUUUAUAUUGUAUGUUUAUAUUGAUGUUUACAUUAAAUGUCAUCUGACUGGUUUAAAAAUGAA